UUCGUCGCUCCUGUCAUAUUUUAUAAGAGGCUUCGUUCUUCUGACUAUCCUUACCUUGUUCUUUCGCAUCCCACAUCCGCACCAUGUCUCUUCAAGAAAGCAGUACAUCAUUGCCUGUUCGCAAGUCGAAGUCGGUGGAGGCACACCCUCUUGCCCCAUUGUCAGCACAGGAGAUCCAAUCAGCAGCCUCAUUGAUUCAGAAGCAAUGGCCAGAGAACACGGAUCUCCAAUUCAAGGUCCUCACUCUUGAGGAGCCGGCGAAGGCUGAGAUGAUCCCCUAUUUGGAGGCAGAGUUCCAGGGUCAAGGUCUUCCCAGCAUCGAUCGUAGAGUGAUGAUUGCAUACUAUAUCCGCAAGACUAACAAGCUACACGAAGCCAUUGUCAACCUGACGACAUCGAGCGUCGAGAGCAACGCAAGACUCGGGCCCAACGUACACGCCGCAGGAGAUGGAGAAGAGAUCUUGGACAUUGAGAAGUUGGCCUUGGAGGACGAGGGUGUACAAGCAGAGAUUGCCAAGUUACAGCUUCCCGAGGGCACCGCUGUUGUCUGCGACCCCUGGAUCUACGGCUCUGACGGUGUUGGUGACGACGAGCGCAUGUACCAAUGCUUCUUGUACAUGCGUGACCCCAACAACACUGAUGAACUCGACUCCAACCACUAUGCCUUCCCUCUGGCCAUCUCCCCGGUUCUCAGUGCCGAUCAACGCAAGGUCAUCCGUAUCGACAUCAUGCCUACUGGCAAGGACAACACCAUCAAGCCCACACAGCCCUGGAAGCCUGUUCCUGCCAACGAGUACAUCCCAGAGGCCCAGAACCUGCGCACCGACUUGAAGCCUCUGCAAGUCCUUCAGCCCGAGGGUGCCAGUUUCAGCGUCACUCAGGAGGGUACUUCCCACACUCUCGAGUGGCAGAAAUGGUCCUUCCGCGUCGGCUUCAACCAAAGAGAAGGCAUGGUUCUGUACAACGUCCGUUACGAUGGUCGCAAUGUCUUCUACCGUCUGUCUCUGUCCGACAUGUCCAUCCCUUACGGUGACCCUCGCCACCCCUUCCACAAGAAGGCUGCUUUCGAUCUUGGUGAUGUUGGUGCUGGCAUCAUGGCUAACGACCUGAAGCUGGGAUGCGACUGCCUCGGUUCAAUCCAGUACCUCUCAGGACUUGUGUCCAACGACAAGGGUGAGGCUGUCGAGAUGCCCAACGUCAUCUGUGUCCACGAGCAAGACGGCGGUAUUGGCUGGAAGCACACCAAUUACAGAACCGGCCGUGCUGCCGUCGUUCGCAACCGUGAGCUUGUUCUCCAGAGCAUCAUCACUGUUGCAAACUACGAGUACAUCCUGGCUUUCAUGUUCAACCAAGCAGGUGAGAUGACCUACGAAGUCAGAGCUACUGGUAUUCUUUCAACUCAGCCCAUCGACGACGGUAUCAGUGUUCCUUGGGGUACUGUCGUUCACCCAGGAGUCCUCGCCACUCACCACCAGCACAUCUUCUCCCUUCGUGUUGAUCCUGCCAUUGACGGCCACUCCAACCGUCUUGUCUAUGACGAGGCCCUUCCCAUGCCUCGCAGCGACUUCAACCCUCACGGCACAGGCUACUAUACCGAAGAAACCAUUCUCUCUCAAUCAGGUGGCUACGAUCUUAACCCCGACACUAACCGCACCUUCAAGAUUCAGAACAACAAUGUCCGCAACCCCAUCAACGGCAAGCCUGUCGCCUACAAGAUCCACGCUCCCACCUUCCAAAAAGGUCUCGCCGACCAAGACAGUUUCAACUACAAGCGUGCCGAAUUCUCCGCCCGCAACAUCUACGCUGUCAAGCACCGCGACGGUGAACUCUACGCUGGUGGAAGAUACACAAACCAAUCUCGCGGCGGCACCGGUGUUCGCAGCUGGGCAGACCGUAAGGACAACAUUCUCGACGAGGAUCUCGUUGUCUUUGUCCAAUUCGGCAUCAACCACGUUCCUCGCAUUGAGGACUUCCCCGUCAUGCCUUGUGAAAUCAUCAAGGUGUCGCUCAAGCCCGUCAACUUCUUUGACAAGAAUCCUGCUUUGGAUGUGCCACCAAGCACUCAGGAGUUCAACAAGAGCACUUUGCUCAGUGAGACGCACAAGCAACCUACUGUUGAGGGAAUUGUUGGUGCUUCUGGCGAUGUGUGCUGCAAGACUACCACUGGUAGCAAGUUGUAAAUUUCUCGUGUUUGAUGACAGAUGACGAUAUCACGAUAGUUUGGGAAACAUGUAGAAUGGGGGUUGUUUGCAUUUGCACAUACUAAAAUCUGCUUCACUUCUUUGCCUCGUAC